AUGGCGCCGGAAUUAUUUUCUCUUGGACAGACGGCCAUUUCAGCCCAUGCAUUCAAUGCAAACCGGACCCAGGUCGCGGUGAGCCUCAACUCUAAUGAGGCCCAGAUUUUCUCUCGUAGAGGAUAUGAAUGGAUUCCAACGGAAACCCUCUCCGAGCAUGAUAAAGUGAUCACUUCCAUCGAUUGGGCACCGUCGUCGAACCGUAUUGUUACCGCUUCUCAGGAUCGCAAUGCCUAUGUAUGGCAGCCUAGCCCCGAUGGCAGCUGGAAGCCUACCUUGGUCCUUCUGCGCAUCAACCGCGCCGCGACGCACGUCCGCUGGAGUCCCAACGAGGACAAAUUUGCUGUUGCUAGUGGCGCUCGCGCGAUUGCAGUUUGUCACUUUGACCCCGAGAACAACUGGUGGGUUAGCAAGCUCCUGAAGAAGCCCAUCCGGUCGACGGUUCUCUCCGUGGAUUGGCAUCCUAACAAUGUUCUUCUUGCUGCGGGAAGUGCGGAUUCGAAGGCCAGGGUAUUCUCGGCCUAUAUCAAGGAAGUGGAUGCCAGACCUCCUCCAACCAUCUGGGGCUCCAAACUUCCUUUCAACACUACUUGCGGAGAAUACCCGAGUCCUGCCGGCGGAUGGGUUCAUUCCGUUGCAUUUUCUCCAUCAGGUGAUGUGCUCGCUUUUGCAAGUCACGAUAGUUCUAUCACUGUCGUUUACCCUGCCGGCGCAAUUCAUAACGUCAAGAUGACGUCUCUCCCUGUCGUUACCCUUACCUGGACUGCAGAGGACUGCAUCGUUGCCGCCGGGCACGACUGCCAACCAUUUGUGUUCAGCGGAUCAGCUGAGACUGGAUGGCAAGGUGUCGGUACUCUUGACGAUACAUCUGCAGUACACAGAUCUGCUACCCGGCCCGGCGUUGGACCCGGGAGAUUAAAGUCCGGCGCCUUUGCAACUUUCCAAGCCGCAGAUAGCCGGGGUCAGUCGAGCACCGCUGACGCCAGUGAUACGAAGCUCCUGACGAUGCAUCAAAAUACCAUCACGAGCGUUAGGCCGUAUGAAUCUGCUGGUGGAUUCGUUACGCGGGUCAGCACCUCUGGCGCCGAUGGAAACUUGGUUAUUUGGGACGUCAACGAAGUUAGUGCCUUGACUGGGAAGAUAGGCGGCUUGAGUAUGCGAUAG